CCUCCAGUUCAUAUUUUUUUAGAUGAAUUUGAACAGCUAUAUUUAUUACCACGUGGCAAAUGACAACACCACAGUGUGUUGAAACAAUAUUCACAUAUCCAUUUCCUUUUAUUGCUGAGGCUCAAAUUGGUUGACAUAGGUCACUAAUCACUUAUUUCUUGGUGAUAGGGAGCAUCACCAUGGCCCUACUGGAGAACCUACAGCCAGGGAACAUCUACCUGGUCAAGGUGUCUGCGUCCAACGAUAUGGGAGACGGGCCGUUUUCACACACCGUAGAACUGGCUGUGCAGAACGAUGGCUCCACCUCCGGUCACAACCCCAGGCGCUCCCAUGGCUCAGCUACAGUGUUCUCUGGUGGCUUCUACCACCUGGACCAGAAGUCGAUGACCGGGAUCAUCGUGGGGGUUUGCAUUGCACUGAUCUGCAUCAUCAUCUGUGCCUUCAUCCUUGUCUGCAGAGGCAAAAACAGGAAAUCUUCAGCUACUAAAGCCAUCAUGCAGGAGGCUGGUCAGGUCCCCUCUGCUUCGGUCCACCUGGGCUCUGAGGGCCAGGCUGAGAAUGCUGAUGUCAUGGUGCCAAUGAUGAGAGCAGACCACUUCAUUGAUGCCAAGGGUGGAACAAAUCUGAUCAUCAAUAGCCUCGGACCAGUUUAUCCAAUCACUGAGAAGAAAAAUAAGUGGUUUUCCUUCAGAAAUCAGAAAAAACUGAAUGCUAAGAAAAGCCAGAUCCAGAGGAAGAGCCAUGGAAUCUGCUCGUACCAGCCAGGAGUAACAGUGCUGUGCUACGAGGAUGAGUCUCUGUCGUCACCCAACCAGCCCACCUCCCUGCAGGUCCUGUUUGGACCACCUGGUGACACAGAGGGCUCCUCCAACAGCGAAGGCAGCCACGAGACAGGCGACUCGGGCCGUUACUCUCACGACGACAUAGAGAUGACCAACCUGUCCUCUGGGCCCAGCAGCCGCCCUGCGUCUCUGAAAGAGGAGGAGAGUGGGGGGUCAGGCUGCAGUCCUGCCCAGGAGAGUGAGGGUGAGCUGGGGGAGCAGUCUCACCUCGACCUGGAGAUUGGAGAUUCCAUGGAGAAACCGUGCAACCAUCACCACGAUCAGGCCCCAGACAAUUCCCAGCCUGCACUUUCUCUCUAGCAGUCUGUGUGACCUCCCAUCAAUCCCUCAACCCUAAACUCACUCCACUGUUCUAAAAGACAAUGAGCAGUUAUCAAAAAAUCCAGGUCUUUGGAAGAACUGGGCUCUGGUUUGGGUUCUGGUGAUUUCUAUCAAAGAAUCUUCUUCUAGUGAAUGUGUACUCAUUUUAUUUUUAUUCUAAAUGUUUAUAUGUGUUUGAAAGAAAAAUCUCACCCACCAUGAAUGUUUCAAGAGAUUGUCAAAAAUGUGAAAUGUGACUUACAUUUCUGACAUUAUUUAAGAGUUUAUCACUGGAGCAAAGUGUAGAGUGAGCCCUUCUUUUGCUGAUGAUCUACCUCAGUUUACCUCUCGGUAAACUCCAACUAUAUAUUUAAUAAUAACGACUUAUACCUGAGUUAUGGAAGGAGUCUCUUCCUUUAUGGAACAACUAAUACGUCCUGAUGGCAAUUUGUUUUUGCUAGGUCAGACUAGUCCCGUAUUCAUUUUCCUCCUUGUUUGUAAUGAAGUACGGGAUUGUAAGGGUACUGCAGAUCUCACUUAAAGCUUUGUCAUUUUAUUUUUAUCACAGGUUAAUUGGACUAUUUCUCAGGUUACUUGGCUAUGGUAGAUUAAGGGCCAGUACAAUUUACUACAUAAGUUGCUGAAACUCAAUAAUAAGCCAGUAUGACACUUUUCAGGUUAUCCAUAGUAAUAAUGGUUAAGAAUGAAUGUGCAGUUGCCCUUGCAAUUCCUGUUUUAUACUACCUCUUUUUAAGCAUUAUUUUGUUGUGUUAUUAUUCUCCUGAACUCAGGGAACUAGGUUUAGUACAUUUGAAAAGCCAUGUGUAAUGUUCCAUGGUUGACUGACAGGGUAUCUUCUUAGUGCUGAGCUGCUCAUUGUAGAGGGUAGUUGCCAUAGAUCUGUAUUGAAUGUAUCUCUAGAACAUUGUCAGUUACGGGCCUUGAGCCUUGUGAUGCCCUACUCACAGGUGGAAAAACCUGUUUGAAUUCAGUUGGAAUUAUGUGUCUGUGGUAUGGCAGGCUAUCUUUUUGGUUAUUUUGGGAAAGAACAUGCCAAAAAUGCUUGUGUCGACGCGUUUCAACACAGCAGACCUUAAAAACUUUAUAAAUGGCCUUAAUGGGGAAAGAGACCCUCAGAUGUCGGAGACAAACAGAAAGGCUCCUAUACCAAAGUCCGAUCCAUCUGAGGUACAACUCUUUUACACAUGGGGAUGGGAGAAGUGUGAAGAAUGAUUGUUGAAAACUAAAAGCGUUAAAUCAGUGCGAUGGAAGUGAAUGGAAUGAACACCAAGAAAGCAUUUUAUCUCUAAAGAUAUCUAUAUUUUUGUCUACGUUUAUGUACUACUGAGUACAGAUUCGAGUUACUUUUUUGUUCUUUAAGUAGUUGAUACUUUACCAUAGAGUAGAAAAAUAAGUUUAGCACUUGUCAGAUUAGUUUGAUUUGUUGAUCACAGCCAAUGUGCAGCGGUGACUGAUGCUAUCAUACAAAGUAAUUGUUUGCUCCCUCUGUUUGUUUUUGAUCUCUCAGUGGGUCCCUGGGAAAAUAACAAUGAGGUUUUUCUCAUGUAUUAGACCAAAAAUCGAACGCAGAUCAGCUGAGAUGCUGCUUCCAAGACAAAGCCUUGCACAUGUGUGCCCCCGUUCUGUGACCAACUGAGUUGAGAUGCGGGUUCUCUCAAAGUGCCCCCAGGAUUUUGGGCCCUUGUUAAUGGUUCAAAUGACAAUAAUAAUCAAUGUCAUGCACACUAACCAAAUCAUCCUAUUAUUGGUUUUCUUUAGAGCUUUACUGUUGCAACUAGAUGUGUACAUUGUAGGGGGAAAUUAUAUGCAGAGCUAAAUACAGUAUAUUAUAUUGAUUCUCAUCCUACAUUGCAACAGUAUUUUCAAUCAACGGAUUUCUAACUAAUAGGAUGACAGUUUGCAUGAAGUGUGACACAAUCAGUUUUACUUUCUUUUGAAUGGCAAACAAUGUAUACCAAAGAAUUCAGUUCACUGUUGCGCAUUGGCAAAAGAUCCAUUUAGACAUAUAUCUUUGCAUGAUAUUUUCUCAUUUUAUAUGGUUCCAAAAGCUUUAUCUCCAUUUAGGUUUUGAUUACUACUUAAUAAAUUAGUGUCUAUUAGACCACAAACCAAGAUGAAAGUUGUACACCGUUAGUGCUUUUAAACGUGCAUUGUUAUUUGUCAUUGAAGCAAAAAACAUACAGAUUUUUCUACAUUCUUUUUUACUUUUUCUCACUAGACGAGAAAUAUAUAUUAUUGUUAUUUCUAUGGGGUUUCGUAUACCCCAUUUUUGAGAAAGUACCAACUGAAUUUAGUUUUUUCCUAGAUGCCUAAAAUGUAUUAAUCUUUGAUAUGAAUGUGAAUACCCCUUUAAACUGUUGUAGAUGAGCAUUAGUCUGAAAACCUGUGUUAAAAUGUCAAGUUCAUAUUGUAUAUGGAAUAUUUUAGUUGUUUUUGCUUUUUAUUUACAUGUGUAAUCCUCUGCAUUGUUAUAAUGCCCGGUGACUGCAAUCCAACUCUCUGAUAACUUGUCUAUUCCAGUUUUUAGUUAUUAUUGAGCAGUAGCAGUAUUGUUUUUGUCUUUUCAAUUGUGAUAAAGAGUAACCAUAGGGUUCUCAUUCUUAUAUAUGUUUUCAGAAUCAGAAUGUUCGAGAGGGUUCUGCAUUCUCGUAUUGGUUGUGAAAGUCCGAUAAGUGAUAUACCGUCUUCUACCUCAGGUUCCUCUUCCAGCUUUUGAUAGAGAUGUGAUGGAUGCUAUAGUCAGAGGGGGUCAGUGUUAUGCAAGAGAUGGAAGAACAAGUGAUGCAGAUCCAGUCCUGUGUCUCUUAAAUUUCAAAAGUUGUGUUCUCUUUUUUUUUUUUUUACAUGUGAAUAUAAAGGGAUAAAGUGGAGGACUUGGUGUGAAUCAUAAUUAUCUGGUGCUCUGAGUCCUCUUUACUUCUGCAGUCACGUUUUUCUGUAAAGGCUGUGCUGCUGGCUUUAGCUGCAAUGGUGGAACGCUGUGGGUCAUUUACAGUUAAACUCAGGGGAACCCACAGCUGCUCCACAGUUGUAGUGAGAGUAGCUUUGGGACACAACAUUGGGAGUCCGUGUAACCAAUACACAGACUCACGUUGUUGUGUUUCAAAGUUAUAGUAAGAGCAGGCACAGGCCUUGAAAUUGAAUGUACCUUUUGUCAUUAUUUUGUGUUAAUGUUUUGUUUUCCUUUUUUCUGUUUGCUCUUUGAUCACACACCAACAGCUUUUCAACAAGAUAUUCAGGCAAGCCUUGGUCCUUACUACAACUUUCUUCGUGACGGAAAUGUUAUAGCCUACUUGUCCAAUUAAAAAGUUACAAAUAAUUUAAACAAUAAAUUAUUCUCAGAAAGACUGAUUCUGAGUUUAAAUGCAAAUAAACAAUGUGAACUUUCUUGCA